CGUUACUAUUGUCAAUACAAACGUGUGAGUGGGGGAACCGAGUGUUGUGUAUUGUGGUAUGUUAGCACGUGUUUAUUGAAACGAUUAUUAUACUGAAAAACUACUGAAAAUGCCAAAAAAAGAUUUAAAAAGAAAAAAAGAGAAUGAAACAGCAAAUGGGACUAUGGAAGAUCAAGAAAAACAAGUAAUCUUACCUGCUAAAAGGACAUCAAGCGAGCCUCCAGCUAAGAAGGUAAAAUGGAUCAACCGCCAACGAGUUUUAGUAUUCGCUUCAAGAGGAAUCAAUCAUCGAGAUCGUCAUCUCAUGGAAGAUUUAAAAAAAUUAAUGCCUCACCAUCGAUCUGAAGCUAAAAUGGAACGACAAAAGAAUCUCCAAAUAGUUAAUGAAAUUUGUGAAUCAAAAAAUUGUAACAAAGCAAUUCUUUUUGAAGGAAGACGCAAAAGAGAUCUCUAUAUGUGGUUUGCUAAUGUGCCUUCAGGUCCCUCUGCAAAAUUUCUUGUCGAAAAUAUUCAUACCAUGGGUGAACUGAAAUUAACUGGAAAUUGUUUGAGAGGUUCACGACCUUUACUUUCUUUUGACGAAAACUUUUCCACAAAUCCACAUUAUAGUCUUCUGAAAGAAUUAUUCACCCAAAUUUUUGGAGUUCCAAAUCAUCAUCCUAAAAGUCAACCUUUUUUUGAUCACAUUUAUACAUUUAAUGUGUUAGACAAUAGAAUCUGGUUCAGGAAUUACCAAAUCUUAACAGAAGAUGGUGGAUUAGCUGAGAUUGGGCCACGAUUUGUUCUUAAUCCUGUCAAUAUUUUUGCUGGUAGCUUUAGCGGUCAAAUUAUUUGGAAAAAUCCAUUCUAUAUGUCUCCUGCAAAAUAUAGACAAUCAAUACGUAAAAAAGCUAGUGGAAAAUAUCUAAAUCGAAUCACACAGAAAUUAGGAUAAAACGUCCAGUGAAUGACCAUUGAUUGGUUCAUUAAAAUAUUUGAAUUAAUUGUUAUCUUUUCUUUUGACUGAAAAAAUAAAUAUUUGUAUACAUAAA